CCGAUCCACUUGGGUAUCCUGUGGCAAUGAUGGCGCUGUGUUGAUGUGUGUUCAGAGUGAGCUUCUCUGCCAUUCUUUCUUACGAACAGUUUAUCGAAUCUAUUUUAACGGCACAUAGAUGCUUUAAGGUAUAUUUGUAUUAACCGCAGUGCUUUGUUGCCUGGUGGAUCUCUUACUACACGAAUUCUUCCUUUCUUUGGUUGAGAGAAAUUUCACUUUCGAACCCGAACAAAACCAACGUGAAGGUCUUCUUGCUGAUGGAUCCAAUAUUGAUAGAUUCUUUCAAAGCACACAUUUAUUGAUGACUUAAAUGCUGCCAUGACGGAUUGCGCCCCCCGGAGUAGACGGACACCCAAGCAGAGAAAGCUUGAUGAUGGCAGCUCAUGCGAUGCCAAACGCUAUCGGAAGUGUGAGAAUGCCGGUUGCCCUGCUGAGAGACCACAGUGCUGUGCUUGUUUAAGCAAAGGAUGUUGUGGUGAUGGCUACACUUCUAGGUGGUACCACAUUUCGAAUGGAGAGCAUUUUUGUAAUGCCUGCUUUGACUACAUAUAUAGAAGCCACAAAGAGGGCUAUGCGGCAUUUGCGAAGUGGAAGUUUGACUGGGGUAGCUGUUGUCAGCGUGAGCCUAGUGCCAAGUGCUACGUUGCAGAGCAAGUGAUGGCGUAUUGGGUGAAGUGCAGGAAUUGCGGCAAGUGGCGAAAGCUGAGGCGAGUAGAGGGGAGCCUCACCUCAGAGCUUGUUGACAGCUUCACAUGCCGCCCAACAGGGCUGGGAAACAAGCGGGCCCUAAAUCCCUGCAAAGACCCUGAAGACCCGAGAGUUUCCGAGUCCUUGCGAUGCGGUUGGUUAUGCAGUCUAGUUGAGCCCCCUCUCUUAAAAAGCAGUCCCGCUGCGCCCUAUCUCGCCCCUUACUUCCCUGAUGGUGUAGGGCUCUCGCCCUGUUUAGACGCUGCAGACAAAGAGGAGGCAAAAACUUCUUCCAAAGGGUAUAUUCAGCCAUUCUACGACCCUGAAGUAGGACAAACUGCCUUCACAUUUCGCCCUGACACCAUGGAAGAGGAAGAAAAAGAAUACUUUCCUGCAUUUUCCAAAGCCAGGGAAAACUCGAUAAUCUACCUGGCAUUGAGAAAUCUAAUGCUCGCACUAUGGGCAAUAGAUUGCAAGGCGCCGCUGACGAUGGAGAAGGUGUCCCGUCACGUGAUCACUCGAGGGCUUGCGAGGAUCCCGUUACUACACGAGGCCCAGUCCAUUCUCCACUUCCUCUCCUUGAGGGGGUUCGUAAAUCACGGGAUUGUUGAUUAUAUACCGUCUGCUCUGCCUUCUCAGUGCAAGGGGACGGUAGUAGUUGUUGGUGCUGGUGCAUCUGGCCUAGCAGCUGCGCGGCAUCUGAAACGCUUUGGAGUCAAGGUUACGUUAUUAGAGGCAAGAGAUCGAAUAGGGGGUCGUGUAAAGGAUGACUUCUCUCUCGGCUGCUGCGCAGGGACUGGUGCUCAGAUCCUCAACGGCUGCGUUAAUAACCCCGUCUCUGUACUUUGUGAGCAGCUUGGCUUGGCGAUGCGCAAUAUUAGCGGUCAUUGUGACCUUCUGGGCGUGUCCGGUAAGCUCGCUGAUCCCGAUCGCGAUAGGAAGGUCGAGUUCCAUUUUAACGCGCUUCUUGACGCGAACGCCGAGUGGAGGAAGGGCAAGUGUCAAGCGGAUGAUACACCCCUGGAAGAUAGAAUACAAGAGCUGCAUAAGAUAUUCCUGGAAGAAACAAGCCUUGAAUUCAACGAGGAAGAGAAUAAGCUGCUUCAGUUCCACCUUGGCAACCUCGAGUACUCAUGUGCCGCGCCCCUUAGUCACGUGUCAGCCCUGAACUGGGACCAGAACGAGGCUUACCCACAAUUCACCGGGGAGCACACCCUUCUCGUCCACGGCUUUGAGGCGCUACUAAAAGGGCUGGCCAAAGGCAUGGAUAUCAGAUAUAACACAGAGGUGACGAAUAUAGACUAUUCUGGUGAGAAGGUCUUGCUGAAAACGGCCGAUGGGAACACUCAGCACUGCGAUAUGAUUAUUGUCACGCUGCCUUUGGCUGUUCUAAAAGCUGGUAAUGUCAAAUUUAACCCGCCCAUAUCCACGACAAAGUCUCGAGCCAUUGAAAAGCUGGGAGCGGGGCUUAUAGAAAAGGUCAUUAUGAAAUUCUCACGUAAUUUCUGGAGGGGUCAUCUUGGACCUGCGAACUUCUUCGGUCGCAUCCCAUCGGACAGUAACGCCAGAGAUAGUUUCGAGAUAUUCUAUGACUUGAAUGGAGAGGGUAGUCCAAAGAAAUGCAACGUACUUAUGACAGUAAUGUCUGGUGAAGGAGCGAGACGAGCUCAAGGCCUGACCGACAAGGAUAUUAUACAAGAAUGUGUCGAUAAGCUAAGGGCAUUGUUCCCGAGUGAGAAUGUGCCGCUGCCAACCAAGUACAUCGUGAGCAGGUGGGGUGCUGACCCUUACGCUAGCAUGGCGUACUCUUACGUGCCUGUAGGCUGCUCAGGGCAAGAGUAUGACGACUUAGCACAAGACAUCGAUGGCAAGGUCUACUUUGCGGGGGAGGCAACGAAUCGCCAAUUCCCACAGACGGUAACUGGGGCAUAUCUUAGUGGCAUGAGAGAAGCAGGCAAGAUACUCAACUCUCUUGAAAACUCCUGCGGGCAAUAACCUACUAUAUAACUGGCAAGAUCUCAACUCUCUUGAAAACUCCUGCGGGCAAUAGCCUACUGUAUAACUGGCAAGAUACCCAGUUCACUCAAAACCUCGAAGCAGCCGUCUGGUCUUACUCGAUUGCGAAGGGUUCAAUCGACUAUGAUUACUGUAAUUGAUAUUGGAGUGAACUUUUUUUAUCGCGUUUCGUAGCUCGCACUGUAUUAUUCUUCUACGGCAGGUUGCUAGAAAACAGAUUAGCGCUAACACACGGAAAAAUACUGUUAUCUCGAUAUUUGAUUUGAUUGGAUAAAGAGGACAUUCAUCCCUGGGUUAGCGUUAAACGGCUUUCCAGGAACCCGACCCUGGCGAAUUUUUGCCAUGGUUUCUAUCUAAAGAGAACGCUGUGAAUUAAACUAACAAAUAUUUAUUAUUCUAUGGCUAAAAGUCUAAGAAAAGUAGACAAUUUAGCAAACAUAUGGCUUGCCAACCAUAAAAUCAUUAUACAUGAUUCAACACCUAUUUAACGUCAAUUGAAAAGUAGGUGUAAACGUUAUCAAAGUUGAAAUCCGUUUUUUGUUAUACGGAGGAGCUAUCCACUCGAAGGUCGCUGCUCGUGUUUAGGGGGGGAAAAGUUAUGUCGCACCUUGAUGCCGUGUGCCCUUGAAAUUAAUGAUCUGGAUGUUUUUAUCCUGUGCGUAUUAAGGCUUGCUUCCAUUAUGAUCUCGCUCGAUCACAUGCGAUUGCAGAUAAUCGUGUGCGACUAUACGGAGACUCACUCUGCAGUCGUGUGCGACUAUACGGAGACUCUGCGAUCGUGUACGACUAUACGGAGACACUCUGCGAUCGUGUGCGACUAUACAGAGACUCACUCUGCGAUCGUGUGCGACUAUACGGAGACUCACUCUGCAGUCGUGUGCGACUGUACGGAGACUCACUCUGCAGUCGUGUGCGACUAUACGGAGACUCUGCGAUCGUGUACGACUACACGGAGACACUCUGCAGUCGUGUGCGACUAUAAGGAGACUCACUCUUCGAUCGUGUGCGACUAUACGGAGACUCACACUGCGAUCGUUUACGACUAUACGGAGACUCACUCUGUGAUCGUGUACGACUAUACGGAGACUUACUCUGCGAUCCUGUGCGACUAUACGGAGACUCACUCUGCGAUCGUGUACGACUAUACGGAGACUCACUCUGCAGUCGUGUGCGACUAUACGGAGACUCACUCUGCAGUCGUGUGCGACUAUACGGAGACUCUGCGAUCCUGUACGACUAUACGGAGACCCUGCGAUCGUAUACGACUAUACGGGGACUCACUCAGCGAUCGAGUGUGAGCAUAUGUAAACCAGCCUUAAAGCCCGGUCCACACGGUGAGAAAAUUCACGCGUGAACUUUGCUCACUGCCUCGCGGGCCCAGAAACUCACAGUUCAAGCAGAAAAUAAUUUUGACUCUGUUGCUCGCGAAACGUAAUUUCGUUCGAUCGACGUCCGCACACUGAGUUUUUGGCCUCGCGAGGCAGUGAGCAAAUUGCACGCGUGAAAAUUUCUGGCCUCGCGUGAAUUUCCUCAACGUGUGCGCCGGGCUUAAAGGUGGUGUUACACGGAAUAACAUGCAACAAAGACUUUUUCGCAAUAGAAUGUAUCGUAGAAAGUUUUGACCGUGUAACAUAUCGCUCAACACAACUUUCCGCGCAUUAUUUCACUCGGCAAAAUAUUGCGAGGUUUUGAACCCGCUUCACAAACAUUUAACACAGAAUGACGAAUAUCUGGAAAGUUAUUCCGUGUAACAGUUGUUUGGCAACAUGUCAGAAUGAAUACGAUAGAAUUUAUCGCGAAAAGUUUUUUGUUGCAUGUUAUCCCGUGUAAUAUCACCGGAACAGCAGAUGAAAAGUACAUCGCCUAAAAACUCAGUGAGAAAUUGACAUGAAUGUCGGUAUAUUUCAUUUGGUAAUGUAAAUUGUGCACAUAAAAGUGAACAUUUUUUUUUAUAUAUUUUGUAAUUUUCAACGUUCAAUGGACCACUAAACCCUUUCCAGAUGCUGUUCUAAGCGCAAAAUAUAGAUUGAUUUGACAAAUGCUUUUUUUUAUUGGCAUGUGAAACAGCUGCUUACGCGAUGGAUCAUGGGGAGUUUGAAUAAUUCUCUUAAUUUGCAACGAUGAGCCAAGUUAUUCACUACCCUGCCGUAAAAGUUAUUCAGUUGGGAUCUUACGCAAGGACGACCUGUUGACACGUACGUGCGUGCGUACUAUUGAAGGUAGAAAAAAACGCGCGCAUGGAUGGUGUUUUUCCAUAUCCAGAAUAGCUUCUAGGAGCCCUUUAAAGGGGCAGUGUCAUUGUAAGAGCUUUGCAAUAGCUCUCCUGCCCGGACACAAUGAAUUUCAAUCAAAUUCUAAUAUUGACUUAUGAGCCUUUGGUACAUGUGGGAGACAUGGAAAUGACCACAAACUGUCAAUAAACAUAGUUUUCAAUAAAACAUUGCAUAUUAUUUUAACAAGGCAGCUUUAAGUUCAACUGUUUGUAGACAAUUUGAAAACCAGACAUGCGUAGUACCAUGACACUGCCCCUAACUGGCUAAAGAAAACGUAUUAACCAAGUAAUUCAUGUAAUAACAGUUAUUUUAAUCAUUUUUAUCCGUCCAAUGGCUUCGUUAUGCCCUCUUUUCAGGUCUUUUAUAACAAUAGUUUUCAAUUAUUAACGUUUCUAAGGUAAAUGCAUCUAGAGUACAAGCUCUUGAUAGGAAAUAAAGGUCCAUGAUUUGA